AUGGCCGUUGAUAUUAGAGGCAGGAAGAUGAAGAAACCACCUGCUUGUGUGCAGUGUCGCAAAAGAAAAAUAGGAUGCGACCGGGUGAAGCCGAUAUGCGGUAACUGUCUGCGUAACGGGAAGAACGAUUGUUUCUAUCCAGAUAUUCCUGGGGUUUAUGUGCAGAGCAGUUCAGUGACUGCGAACCAGAAUGCGUCACAGGCGAUUUUGUCCAAGAACCCGGAACUGGCGUCGUUAGAGCAGAUUCGGGAAUACAAUACGCGGUUGCAGUUGUUGAAUGCAGCGCAGCGGACGACGACGACCAGUCCGGCGCCCGUUGAGCAGCCGCAGUUUAUUCCGAAGGUGAGCAGUGUGCCGGUGGUGAAUAACAAGAAGUACGAGCACAGCGGUGGUGGCGGGGAGGAGGGAAUGGUGAAUCUGGUGCGGGGGCCUGCAAUCUUCGACACGGCCAAGGUUCCGUAUACUCAGGAUGAGAUUUUGGAGAAAGAGUUGGAUUUUUUGAGGGCCCGGCUGCAUGACUUGCAGAAGGCCACGGGGAAGAUAGUGCCUGGGCUGGAGAACCUGCAUGUGAGUCCGACAGGGCGCCGAGGGAUGUCUGUGGAUACAAUGGAUGCGGAUGAUAGCGGUGGUGGUGGUGGUAGUGGUGUUGGUGGUGGUAGUGGUGCUAAUCACCAUGGUAUGAACAGUACUAAUAUCGGCACCGCGAAUUCGUUGAUGAAAAAACGAAAGAUGGAACCCUUUGAUGAGUUUAAAUCUGUGGACCCAACCUUUUUAGACCCUAAACAGGUGCUCCGUGUCAUAAUUAUGAAGUCCACAUUCUUUUCUUCUGCCGUUCCAAUCACAGGAAACGAGAAUAGGUUAUUCCAGAUAGGUCACUUGGCUAUGCAUGACGAUUAUUUGUGCUUUUUUUACAAUAGGCUCUACGAUGUUAUGUCCAACACUCUGCCUGAACGGCUUUCUCAGCAACAACAGACAAAAUUAAAACCUUUGGGCCAAACGGAACCACUGCGGUUCCCUCCUAAGGUUUUAUGCACCCAUUGGAUCAACUACUUCACCUCUCAAACUGAUAUCUCGACACUAAUUCCUUUAAUCCAAUCUCAGGAUAUUAUCCAGUCCAUUGACCAGUGGUUCCCUCAGAAGGAUGUAUCGUUUAGCAUUGAGUCCAUUUCAGUCGACCAGUUGUCUACCUUGGGGUUAAUCACGCUCUAUUUGCUGUUCUGCUAUCAAUCCCUCUCUUCUACAGUCCUUGUCCCCUUGAAGGAUGAUGAACUUCACAAAUAUGAACAAUUACGCGACCACAUACCGCAGUUGCAUACCAACCUCAAGGGCAUUCUCAUGUUAAUAUCAGUUAACGGCUCUGGUAGUUUAUCGCGUAAGUGGAAGUUAAGACUUUUACCCUUUAUUGCGGCGUUGAAGUUUUACCAAACCCUCACUGGUUGGUCGACAACUUCGCAAUCGAUAGAUUACGAUGAGGAUUUAAACUGGUCUUUAGAUCUAGGUAUUAACCAUGAGACUCAAGAUCAGCAACUGAUUGUACUUUGGAAUUUUAUUUACAAAAAUUGUUGUUGGAGAAAGUUAGUUCACGGAGAACUGCCUUUACCGUUGCUUUCGAAACUUUCAAGUUCUACAAGGAUAUUGGAUUCUGCCUUAUUGCAGGAUUAUGACUUUUUGAAAUCGUUGAUGAAGCUCUUACAGUAUCUACAUAGUAGAGAUGAAACCCUAAGCGUGGUAAAGCUUAUGAAAUUGAAAGCUCAGUGCAAGGAAGCUUUGAAUCACGCAUCUCAGCGGUGCUUUAAUGCUCAAUUGAUGGUCAGCCACGUAGUUGACACUUUGUUAUACCGUAAUAUGGAGCUAUUUGUGGAUGUUUAUACAUUGUUACACUACGAAUCUGUCGCUGACAUUGACAAAUACAAUGAAAGUUUUAAGAAUUUCAUUCAAUUCUUACAAGAAUCUGUAUUCUAUAUCUUCUCUGGUUUGGCUAACCUGAAGUUUGCCGGGUAUGAAUACAUUUUCCACCACCCAACUUUCAAUAUCCUAAAGAACAUUUUAUUGAUUUUGUUUUCCCUAGCUGAGAGAACACGUCUAGGGGAUAUUAAGAAUCGAACAAGACCAGAACUAAAACAGAUGAACGAGACUUUGAUUACUUUGAUUAGAAAAAUCUGUAUGUUGAUCAGUGAUUACUCAAAAAAUUGUAAAAAGGAGAACCCUGUGGUUACAGACAUUAAAAUCAUUGUUUCCACGAUAUUAGAGGCCAGCUCGCAUGAUACACCUGUCUUAUCCACCCCUUUGAGGAAUGGCCUGCAAUGCCUAGAUAUUUUAAGAUUAAACAAAAAUGUUGCUAAGUUGCGCACUAUGUCUGAGACGUUGAUCAAGACAGAUUUUUACGACAAGAGAGAUCCUUUCGUCCCUGAAUCAUCCAUUACUUUCGGUGUUACCGCUGGAAAUUUUGAUUCUGUGUAUCAAGCUUUUUUCCAUUGA